UCAACGUUGAGUACGUCUUUCCUUUUUGCCUUGAAAUUCCGUUGAUACACUCUUGCGUGCUCAGCGUAAAGUAUUAUGACAUAUCGGUGCCAAUUGCUCGCGAGCAGAGUGACAGGUAAUGUCGGAAUAAGCGGAAUAACUAUCAGCCUCGGACCGGUAGCAUCAUGAGACUUAUUCUUACAGUUUACCACCACAAGAUUGCACGCAGAAUAUAGAUGGCGAACAUAAAGGAACAAGAAGCUCGAGGUGGUGUCAAUGAUACGGUCACGCUUACAAACGCAAAAGACUUUGGAAUAAUACCUGUCCCUCGUAGUUUGCGAUAUGACCCAGGAAAACCUUUUAAUUUUUCACUGGCUAUGAAUAUCGCAUUCGGGGCCAUAAGCACGUUCACGGUUGCGAACCUAUACUACUGCCAACCGUUGCUCAUCGAAUUAUCGAAAGAUUUUGAUGUUACUUACGAGGAAGUCUCUAGGAUACCGACGCUCUUACAAGCAGGAUAUGCUACUGGGCUUAUCUUAAUAACACCUCUCGGUGAUUUGGUCCGCCGCCGACAACUUGUCCUAAUACUCAUAACGGUCUCCGCGUCUCUUACCAUCGGUUUAUCAGUAACAUCCAGCCUCGCCGUCUUCGAGGCACUGUCCUUCCUCGUCGGUGCCGUGACCGUCGUCCCCCAAGUCUUAAUGCCCCUCGCAGUUGACCUUGCACCGCCACAACGUCGCGCCUCCGCUCUAUCCAUCGUUCUUGCCGGACUGCUCCUCGGUAUCCUCCUCGCACGAGUUCUCUCAGGAGUCAUAGGAGAGUUCACCUCAUGGCGCGUCGUUUACUACCUCGCCAUAGGACUUCAGUACUUCCUUGUCCUCGGAAGCUACUUCGUCGUACCGGACUUUCCCGCGAAGAACGCUCAUUUGACAUACUGGCAUAUCCUUCAGACAAUGGCCAAGUUCGCUGUGACAGAGCCGCUCCUCAUCCAAGCGUGUCUCAUCAGCAUCGGGUCGAGUGCAUCGUUCACCAAUUUCUGGGUUACGCUUACCUUUCUCCUCGGUGGGGAUCCGUAUAAUUAUUCCACUUUGGUGAUAGGGCUCUUUGGGCUUAUAGGCAUGUUUGCUGUGGCAAUGGGACCGAUACUCGGCAGAGCUAUCGAUCAUUUGGUCCCAUGGUACGCUUCUCUGAUUGGCAUUUUCAUGAUGCUGUGCUCUCAAGCCGUACAAACGGGCGCUGGUGGCAUUUCCAUCGGUGCUGUUAUCAUCACUACCAUCGGGAUCGAUACUUUUCGGCAAAUGCUGGAAGUUUCUCUUGCGACGCGGAUUUACAGCAUUAAUCCUGAGGCUCGUGCGCGUCUCAACGCCGUGUAUAUUCUUUCUUUAUUCAUUGGUCAGGUGAUGGGUUCAUCCGUUGGCACAAAAGUGUUUGUGCAGUACGGGUGGCGUGCGGGUGGUGCUCUUUCGAUGGCAUUCUGCGGCUGGAUGCUUUUUAUACUUAUGUUGCGUGGGCCACACUGCGGAAACAAGACAUGGUUUGGGUACCAAGGAGGCUGGGAGGCGAGAAAGAAUGUUGUGGAACCAGCAAAAGAAAUACGAGAAGAGGAUAAACAGGAUAUCGAAAUGGGAACCGAUAGCAGAUCGCGUGAGAUGGGUGAGAAGGAAAGCGAGAUAGGGAACUGAUGUGAGCCUCGAAAAACCUGUAGAAAUGGUAUAGAUUUUAUCCCUGACCCCGGUUCGGGCGGCC